AUGUUACCUUUCGGAGUUCGCCCAGGAAACUGCCGCCGGUCCCAUGGCCAACCCUCUGCAGACACGAACGGCACAGAUUCUGAUGGGGUGGAUACGUGUAUCUCGGACCCAGGACCUCAAGUUUUCAAUCCCAGCAUAGCGGAUGUACUCAAAGUUCGGAAUUUGUUGCAACGGAAGGUCCCACGCGGUCUGCCCGAAGAACUCAUUGAUAUGAUCAUUGAUGCUGCGGAAUAUUGGCCUUCAAUAGAGCAGAAACUGGAAGAACAUCGGAUCAUUCAAAAAGAUUGUGAUCAAGUUUUGCUGAAGACUGUUCCCCUCUGCUACGAUCGGAAGAGCUUGGAGCAAGACUCGAGUCCUACCCCGUUACCUCAUCGCGGUGCACACCCUUGCCGCAAGAUAGUCUUCAAUAUCUCAUCUCAUGACCAAGGCAGUGGGAAAUGCCGUGACAACAUGUAUGAAUUUUCAUGGACCUGGUUUGACAUCGAAGUUAUUCACGGAGCGCAUACGAAGAACAUGUAUGCCAAUGGAAUUGAGCAAGAGAUCCUCGACAAUGAGCGUGGACAAGUCCGAAAACACUAUACCGAGGAAGAUGCGCUGCUGUUGCCGCGCCACAACAAAUUGCAAUCCAAUGGUGCCCACGUGAGCGAGAUGCAGCACAAUAUAAUUGUUUGGGACUAUCGAGAUGAUAUCCAGGCAGACUCGCCCGAGGCACUUGAGAUUGAGAAGACUCUGGGUCGUGGCCGGCUUACUCUUGAUGGACAUGAAGUGCGUGAGUUAGAGAUUGGCGAUUCGAUUGCCCUUUGGGCCCGGGCAAGGUUUCCCGGCUGGUCAAACCACGUUCAUCAAGCGAGCGUGAGGAUUUACUGGGCUGUAUGA